CCCUUCCCGCUCUACCUUCUCCCCGCCCCCUUCCGCCGACGCCUCUCCUCAAACUCAUCCCCCACAACCUCGCCCUCCUCCUCACCCCCAACCCCAACCUACUUCCUCCCCGCCCACCCAACCACGCACCUACAAUGCCAAAAGUGCCUCACGGACCUAAUCCCCACGACGUGCAUAAUCUCCAAAGGCUUCACCGGCCGCCACGGGCGCGCGUACCUCGUCUCGCCUCCCAACGCGCUCAUCGGACCCACUCCCACCCCAACCCGCGGCGGCUGGAAAACAGGCGACAUCCCCAACACGCAAACCCAUCGAGCCGUGUCGCGCCAGCUCGUAACCGGUGCGCACACCGUCUCGGAUAUCAGCUGUGUGCGCUGCGGCAGCGUGCUGGGCUGGAAGUACGUCGAUGCAGCUGAGGAGGCGCAGAAGUACAAGGUGGGCAAGUUUAUUCUGGAGACGGGCAGGGUGAUUAAGAGGACGCUUGAGGAUGGGGAGGAUGAGGAGGAGGGGUGUGGGGGAGGGGAGGAGGUGGAGUUUGAUUCGCAGGAUGAGGAUGAGUGUGAGGAUUUGUUUAGUGGGAUUUGGACGCCGAGAUUGGCGGGGGUGAGGCGCAGGAGGAAGGCGAGGGGG